GUCAAAUAUAUUUCUUCUCAUUCAUAUUUAAGAUGUCAUUCAUGAAGACUGCUUCAGGGAUGAGACUCCUGUGUGUGUUACUGCUGAUCACUGGCAGUGUGUUUGCUGCUGAGGAAGAGGAGACGAUUGAAAGCAUGGGCACGGUCGUGGGGAUUGAUCUGGGGACAACAUACUCUUGUGUUGGUGUCUAUAAGAACCGGCGUGUUGAAAUCAUCGCUAACGACCAGGGUAACCGCAUCACCCCAUCCUAUGUGGCCUUUACUGCAAAGGGUGAGCGUCUCAUCGGUGCUGGUGCCAAGAACCAACUGACCUCCAACCCUGAGAACACAAUAUUUGACGCCAAGAGAUUAAUUGGUCGCGCUUGGUCUGAUGCUUCCGUGCAGCAGGACAUCAAGUACCUUCCUUUUAAGGUAAUUGAGAAGAAGAGCAAGCCCCAUAUCCAGGUUGAAAUUGGUGGUCAGAUGAAGACCUUUACUCCAGAAGAGAUCUCAGCCAUGGUGCUGUCUAAGAUGAAGGAAACUGCAGAGGCCUACCUGGGAAAGAAGGUUACCCAUGCUGUGAUCACUGUUCCUGCUUACUUCAAUGAUGCCCAGCGCCAGGCCACUAAGGAUGCAGGUGUCAUUGCUGGACUCAAAGUGCUGAGGAUCAUCAAUGAACCAACUGCUGCUGCUAUUGCCUAUGGAUUUGGCAAGAAGGAAGAUGAGAAGAACAUCCUGGUGUUUGACCUAGGUGGUGGCACCUUUGAUGUGUCUCUCCUCACCAUUGACAAUGGUGUGUUUGAGGUGGUGGCCACCAAUGGGGACACCCAUCUGGGGGGUGAGGACUUUGACCAGCGUGUCAUGGAGCACUUCGUCAAGCUGUACAAGAAGAAAACAGGCAAAGAUGUGCGCAGGGACAACCGUGCCGUGCAGAAGCUGCGGCGUGAGGUGGAGAAAGCCAAACGUACGCUGUCCGCCCAGCACCAGGCCCGCAUUGAGAUCGAGUCUUUCUUCGAGGGAAAUGAUUUCUCAGAGACUCUCACCCGUGCCAAGUUUGAGGACCUCAACAUAGACCUGUUCCGCUCCACUCUGAAACCUGUGCAAAAGGUCUUGGAAGAUGCUAACUUGAAGAAGUCAGAAAUUGAUGAGAUAGUGCUGGUGGGCGGUUCCACCCGUAUCCCCAAGAUCCAACAGCUGGUGAAGGAGUUUUUCAAUGGCAAGGAGCCCUCUAGGGGCAUCAACCCAGAUGAAGCUGUGGCCUACGGAGCAGCUGUGCAUGCUGGUGUUCUCUCUGGACAGGAAGAUAUAGAAGGGAUCGUUCUUCUGGAUGUGUGUCCCCUGACCCUUGGCAUUGAGACUGUCGGGGGUGUGAUGACUAAACUGAUCCCAAGGAACAGUGGGGUGCCCACCAAGAAGUCCCAGGUCUUCUCUACCGCCUCUGACAAGCAACCUACUGUUACCAUCAAGGUUUAUGAAGGUGAGCGGCCAUUGACCAAAGACAACCACUUGCUGGGCACUUUUGACCUCUCUGGAAUCCCUCAGGCACCUCGAGGUGUCCCACAGAUUGAAGUAACCUUUGAAAUCGAUACUAGUGGCAUCCUUCAAGUAACAGCAGAGGACAAACGCACUGGCAACAAGAACAAGGUUACCAUCACGAAUGACCAGAACCGCCUGACUCCUGAGGACAUCGAGCGCAUGGUGAAUGAUGCGGAGCACUUCGCUGAUGAAGACAGGAAGCUGAAGGAGCGCAUUGAUGCCUGGAAUGAGCUGGAGAGCUACACCUACUCUAUGAAAAACCAGAUUGGUGAUACGGAGAAGCUGAGGGGCAAGCUGUCCUGGGAAGACAAGGAAACCAUUGAGAAGGCUGUGGAGGAGAAGAUUGAAUGGAUGGAGUCACACCAGGAUGCACUUGUUCAGGACUUCAAGGCAAAAAAGAAAGAGCUGGAGGAGGUGGUCCAGCCAAUCAUCAGCAAGCUCUAUGGUAGUGUAGGUGGACCACCACCAGCUGGGGGAGAAGACAAACUAAACACAAAGGAUGAGUUGUAGGAUCUUCACAACUCCUUCACAAUUUUUCUUGAUACCUCCCAUAGCCAUUGAUGGUAUUACUGAGAGGAGACUAAGUGGUGGAGUGAUUGUUACAACCUUCAUUGUAAUAGUAAAAAUAUAGUUUCUCUUUGCUGCAAAGUGGAGGUUCAAAUCAGCCUGGAAUAAGGCUCUCCUGCUAUUCUGACUGUGAAAUAUUUUUUGUGGGCAUGCAGAGUGGUUAUAGUAGCUAACAAAAAGCUAUAUUUUAUCUGCAUCUUAUUUUGCAGCAAAGAAUGUUUGUUUUGUUCUGAGUUGAGGCAUUUAUACUUUGUCUAAACCCUGAUGUGUUCCUCGUACUGUCCCACAGCUAAUUUAUAAAACUUGUUCUCCUACUGCUGUUGCACAACUGUAGACAUUAAUUAUAACUAAAGGUUUCUAAGUCAAAAAAUUCUUAAUGACAUCUUACCAUUC